CAGGGGGCAGUAGUGUUCCAGGCGGAACUAAAAGUUGAAGCUGCACGUUUCUGGCGGACCUCUUACGGAAAGAGACCUGUAGUUUUUCACGUCUUUCUACAAACCAGCUGCAGAAACAUGAAUGUGAACCAGGGGACGGUGGGCAGCGACCCGGUCAUUCUGGCAACGGCUGGAUACGACCACACAGUCCGGUUCUGGCAGGCUCACAGCGGGAUCUGCACCAGGACCGUCCAGCACCAGGACUCUCAGGUGAAUUCUCUCGAAGUCACACCAGACCGAAGUAUGAUUGCUGCUGCAGGCUAUCAGCAUAUCCGCAUGUACGACCUGAACUCUAACAACCCGAACCCAGUGAUCAACUAUGACGGAGUCAGCAAGAACAUAACGUCUGUGGGUUUUCAUGAGGACGGACGGUGGAUGUACACAGGAGGGGAGGACUGCAUGGCUCGCAUUUGGGACCUGAGGUCAAGAAAUCUUCAGUGUCAAAGGAUCUUUCAGGUGAACGCUCCGAUCAACUGUGUGUGUCUGCAUCCCAACCAGGCUGAGUUGAUUGUUGGAGACCAAAGUGGCGUCAUUCAUGUCUGGGAUCUGAAAACAGAUCACAACGAGCAGCUGAUUCCAGAACCAGAGGUUUCGGUUAACUCCGUUCACAUUGACCCGGACGCCAGUUACAUGGCUGCAGUCAACAGCUCGGGUAACUGUUACGUUUGGAACCUCGCUGGAGGCAUGGGAGAUGAAGUGACCCAGCUUAUUCCCAAGACUAAAAUCCCAGCACACAAGCGUUACUCGCUGCGCUGCAAAUUCAGCCCUGACUCCACACUGCUGGCUACCUGCUCCGCAGACCAGACCUGUAAGAUCUGGAGGACGUCCAAUUUCUCCCUCAUGACUGAGCUGAGCAUCAAGAGCAACAAUCCAGGAGAGACGUCGAGGGGCUGGAUGUGGGAUUGUGCUUUCUCAGGAGACUCCCAGUACAUAGUUACCGCGUCUUCAGACAACCUGGCCCGGCUGUGGUGCGUGGAGACCGGCGAGAUCAAGAGGGAGUACAGCGGCCACCAGAAAGCCGUGGUGUGUCUGGCCUUCAACGACAGCGUGCUGGGCUGAGGAGGAAGAGGAUGAUUUGAAGGUUUCCAUGAAGGAAACGGUGUUUCCGCCUGCAGCAGGACGAGGUGCAAACGUUCCAAGCUCAGCCAAGUCAGUCAGCUGCGCAGGAAGCAUUUUACCGAGGAGCAUUAGAUUAAAAGGGGCUGAAUACACACAACCUUUAGAUGCUUUUGUAAAAAAUUUGAAACUAUUUAUCAUUUUAUUUUACAGUUAAGCCCAAGAUAGUAAAUUAAAGUCUGUCUCUAAGGUAAUAAAAUGUUGAACAUUGGAAUUAAUUUCCUGCUCUUUAUGUGCAGCUAAGAUCUAAUAACUCUGUACUGCUCAUUCAGUUAUAAAUGCUGUAAAAUUAUUUUAAUCCUCUAUAAGACUCUUAUUUGUUAUUAAAAAAAAUCUCAAACAAA